CAAAAAAAAAAAAAAAAUAGGAAGAAAGGGAAAAUUGUCAUUUCUUCUUUAACGCUGUAGAUACGCUUGUAAAAGUGUGCACGAAACACCUGAAUCUAGUUUCGACGCUCUCGGAUCUAUUCCUGAUCAAGCGUCAGCUGCGCCCGUUUUGAAACGUGCCAAUUUCGUUAGUUUUCGCCGCGGUCUGUGCACGCGUUUUGCCGCUUCGGCUUUUGUUGUUUUGGCGCUCGAAUUUUUCGGCUGCCGACUUUUGACGCCAUGGUGGAUCGCAGUGAUAAUGCCGCCGAAUCCUUUGACGAUGCCGUCGAGGAGCGUGUAAUUAAUGAGGAGUACAAAAUAUGGAAGAAAAACACUCCGUUCCUGUACGACUUGGUCAUGACGCACGCCCUGGAAUGGCCUUCUCUGACUGCCCAGUGGCUGCCGGACGUGACCAAGCAGGACGGCAAGGACUACUCAGUGCACCGUCUCAUUCUGGGCACACACACAUCCGACGAACAGAAUCAUCUGCUGAUCGCCAGCGUUCAGCUGCCCAGUGAGGAUGCACAGUUCGAUGGCUCGCACUACGACAACGAGAAGGGCGAGUUUGGAGGCUUUGGCUCUGUGUGUGGCAAAAUCGAAAUCGAGAUCAAGAUCAACCACGAGGGAGAGGUGAAUCGGGCCCGUUACAUGCCUCAAAACGCCUGCGUGAUCGCCACCAAGACGCCGUCGAGCGAUGUCCUGGUGUUUGAUUACACGAAGCAUCCCAGCAAGCCGGAGCCUUCCGGAGAAUGCCAGCCGGACCUGCGCCUACGCGGCCACCAAAAGGAGGGCUAUGGUCUUUCCUGGAACCCCAACCUCAAUGGAUACUUGCUUUCGGCUUCCGAUGAUCACACCAUUUGCUUGUGGGACAUCAACGCCACCCCCAAGGAGCACCGGGUUAUUGAUGCUAAGAAUAUCUUCACCGGGCACACCGCUGUCGUAGAGGACGUGGCUUGGCAUCUGCUUCACGAGUCGCUGUUUGGCUCUGUGGCCGACGAUCAGAAACUGAUGAUCUGGGAUACACGCAACAACAACACCUCAAAGCCCUCGCACACUGUGGAUGCCCACACGGCCGAGGUGAACUGCUUGAGCUUCAAUCCCUACUCGGAGUUCAUACUGGCGACCGGUUCUGCCGACAAGACCGUUGCCCUUUGGGAUCUGCGCAAUCUGAAGCUAAAACUACAUUCCUUUGAGUCGCAUAAGGACGAGAUCUUCCAAGUGCAGUGGUCGCCGCACAAUGAGACCAUCUUGGCCUCCUCUGGCACCGACCGCCGCCUGCAUGUCUGGGAUCUGUCCAAAAUUGGAGAGGAGCAGAGUUCAGAAGAUGCCGAAGACGGCCCGCCAGAAUUGCUGUUCAUCCACGGCGGCCACACGGCAAAGAUUAGCGACUUCUCCUGGAACCCCAACGAACCCUGGAUUAUCUGCUCAGUGUCCGAGGACAACAUUAUGCAAGUUUGGCAGAUGGCCGAAAAUGUCUACAACGACGAGGAGUCAGAGAUUCCGGCCUCCGAGUUGGAAACCAACACCGCUUAAAGCAAGAGUUGCCGGGUCUAUUUCCACAACUCUGAAACUACAACUACAAUUAUGUUUUGGCCGCGCCCAAUGUCAACUAUCCAGCUUAUCUGGCGAGUUGGCACUCAUUUUAAUUUAUAUAUAUUUACAUAAUUUUAAAAGGUACACAAAUAAGUUCACAUUUUUCAGCAGCGUACGAUCCACGAAUCUUUAAUUAAAAACGAUUUGAAAGACCCCAGA